UCACCAAAGAUCUACAGCGCGUGCACAUUUUGUUUAUGCCUCCUGCUUUGUGGCGCGACCUGCCAGAAGAAAGCAUCAGGACACACCCCAGUUAAGAGGCCGAGGAGUGAGUCUGCCUCGACACCCGAAUCGGAGCUGCAUCGUCUGCUGCCGCCGGGCGCAGAGCCUCGCCAGUCGACCCAGAAGGCGUGGUGCCAAGCAGCCAGAAUGAGUACAAGUGAAUGUGUCCUCGGGAUUGAUAUUGGGACAACGUCUGUGAAGUGCUGUCUGGUGGAUGUCAGCUCGAGGGAAGUUAUCUCCAGUCAGAAGAAGGACACCUACUCCGAUGUCCCCAGUGAACUCGGUACAGAAGGUAGCAAACAAGAUGUUCCACGUAUAUUGUCAGCCCUGCAGAUGUGUGUUUCCAGGCUACCUAGAGAAGCUACACGCAAGGUGACACGUAUAGGUGUAUGUGGCCAGAUGCAUGGCUGUAUGUUGUGGAAACAAGGACAGGCUUGGGAACAAAAGCCAGAGUCAGAUAGGUUUGAGAUUCGAGAAGUUAGCAACUCAUACACAUGGCAAGACAAUAGAUGCACGCAGGAAUUUCUCUCAUCUCUACCAGUUCCAGAAUCACAUCUUUCGAUUGCAUCUGGAUAUGGAUGCGCAACUUUACUGUGGUUUUCCAAGAAUAAACCAGAAAAGUUAACAAGAUUCAACAGAGCUGGAACUAUCCAUGACUUCCUUGUCUGUAUGUUGUGUGGGCUAGACCGGCCUGUUAUGUCAGUGCAGAAUGCUGCAUCAUGGGGUUUCUUCAACACCAUCACCAAGAAAUGGAAUGAGGAGCUCUUGCAGGAAGCAGGUCUAACCAGUGAUCUACUUCCCACUGUUGUAGACUCAGGACAAGAGGCUGGGCAGCUUGAGAACUCAUGGUAUGGAAUCCCUGCCAAGACACCAGUCAUUGCUUCACUAGGUGAUCUUCAGUGUUCAGUUCUGCCACUGUUGUCUGGAAAUGAUGUAGCUGUAAUAAAUAUAUCAACAUCAGCCCAGCUCUGCUUCAGGAUGUCAGAGGACUUUGUGCCCCCAGAGCAGCCUCCGAGCAGCCCACAGCCAGUUGAGUAUUUCCCUUUCUUCGACAACACAUACUUGGCAGUAGCAGCCUCUUUAAAUGGUGGCAAUGUCCUGGCAGCAUUUGUGAGAACUGUACAGCAGUGGAGUCUUGAAUUAGGUUUCCAAGUCCCACAAUCAAAGAUUUGGCAGAGAAUUCUGGCUCUUGGUGCAGAGCCUCAGAGUCAGUCUUCACUAGUAGUUGAACCUACAAUAUUUGGGGAACGUCAUUCACCGCAAGAGAAUGCUAUGGUGUCUAAUAUAGAUUUAGGAAACAUAUCACUAGGGAAAGUGACAAGAGGACUAUGCAAAGGAGUAAUCACAAAUUUACACAGCAUGAUGCCGCGAUCUCUGCUCGUAGAAAAUGGAAUCACAAACAUCAUUGGUGGAGGAUCAGCCCUCACAAGGAACCCUAUCCUGCACAAGGAACUGGAAGAUGCAUAUCAGCUGCCAGUGUCUCUGGACUCCCGAGGGGAUGCUGCAUACGGGUCUGCUUUGGCAGCCAUUAAUUCCAAAGCACCCUGAAGAGGAUUAUUUAGAACUGAUAAGAGUUAAGAUUUGAAAUCUUACUUGCAAGUAUAUUGCCUACUGCACAAUAUUUCUGAAAUGAGAAAAUUAAUUGUUAUAGAGAUAUGAAUAUUGAAAUCUGUUAUUUUCAUAUUUCAAAGAUUUUAUGCCUUGUAAAGUAUAUAGUUUUUUUGUUUUGUUUUGUUUUUGUGUGUGUGUGUGUGUGAGUGUGUGUGUUUGUGUGUGUGUGUUUGUGUGUGUGUGUAUAUGUGUGUGUGUGUGUGUGUGUGUGUGUGUGUGUGUGUGUGUGUGUGUGUGUGUGUGUGUGUGUGUGUGUGUGUGUGUGUGUGUGUGUGUGUGCGCGUGUGUGUGUGCAUGCUUACUUAGUUUCAGUACAAGAGAAGAGCUAAGCUAUGUCAUAGAACUUUUUUAAUUGACGCACAUUUUUGGCACACAACAUUAUUUAAAUAUUUUCCAUGUUUCAGUAGUUCUGUUUGGAAACCUAAACUUUUUGACAUCCUUAUUGUGUCUUUUUACUUUCAACUUUUUACUGUAUCCUUUUGAUCUUCUUGUGUUCAAGAUUAUAGUCAUCUUUAUCUAACUUCACUCUUUCUGUAAUAUAAAAUUACAGCAUAAUCAUGUUUCCUUCUUUCAUGUAAAGUAAUAAGUCCUAUUUUCUGCAGUCAGUCUUUGUAGUUCAUACCUCAUAGAGUUGUGCCCAUCUUGUGGCUGCUCUUUGAACUCUUUCCAGUUUGACUAUAUCCUGUUUUAAGUAUGAACUCCAUACCACUACACUGUACUCUGGAGUAAAUAUAUAUAUGUGUGUGUGUGUGUGUGUGUGUGUGUGUGUGUGUGUGUGUGUGUGUGUGUGUGUGUGUGUGUGUGUGUUUGUACACGUGCAUGUGAAUGUAUGCAUGUACAUUCAAUUAUGCUUGUAUAUUAUAUAAAAGUGAAUAAAGGUAAUGAAAAAUCCAUGAGCAAUAAGCCAGAGGCCCUUAGAUUUACAAGCAUCCUUACAUGUGUUAUAAGAGGAUUUUAAGUUUUUGUUUCAUCAAAUGAGAUGCCAAAAAAAGUUUCUGCAGCAUUUGAUGAAUGUAUUAAAGUGUCAUACAGCACUGAUGCAGAAGGGUACCUAGUAGUAUGAUAAUUUUUCAAGUAUGCAGUUGAUUGGAAUGUCAGCUGAUCUAUAGCAAGUUAUUCUCUGAUAAUGAACGGGAUUGGAGAUUCUCUUUUUUACUACAAAUGAAUGCUUUCAUGUAUUUGAUGAUGUCUUUAUUAGUCUCUUAUUCAGCAGGACAGAACUUUAGUAAACCUUCUGCAGUGCAUAUCAAAUAUUGCUUUGUUAUUUUAUAUUCAAGUUGUUUUCAGAGCAACACACAGUGGCCACCUAGAGAGAUUUUUUUAUUGUCAUGUAAAUGUAGAUUUCUUUUCCCCAAUAUCCAUUAGAAUGUAAUUCUUCAUGGCUAUUACUCUCCAUCCACUAAUAUCCAAGUUAGUGCUCCAGUUAGACUUUAUGUAAUAUAUUUUUGAUGAGCUUCAUUAAUUUAUUAAAUUACAUCUUUGUUCUUUUUUAGCACUGAAUAGAACUUUAGCAUUGAAUAGAACUUUCACAGUACACUAUAAGAAAAGUAUAUUUUGCUGCAGACACAAACUGCAAUAAAGCACAUCUUAGAGUGCAAUCUUAGUGAAAGAUGCACAAUUUCCAAUGAUAGUGAUGUGCUCAUGCAUAGCUUCUUUACUUCUGUCUACAUCUUUGUCUUCCUUUUCUUAGCUACUAGUCAGUGCUGUAGAUAUAAUAUUAUUCAUAGUAAGGACACAUGUUGACUAGUUGAUGCUAAGAGUGCUUAUAUAUGAUCUCCAGUGAUUUUGUUUAAUUUAUCUAAUUUUAGAUGCAUAGAUGGCUCCACAAAUGCUUUGUCGUUAUGUCAUAAUAAUAUUAGUGAUAGCAGAAUGUUUAUAGAAAAAGAACUUUUCCCCCAGAAAAUUCAAGGAAUGGGAUAAACAAUUUAGGUCAAAUAGGCCAUCAUUGACUUUUUGGUGAAAGAGUGCUUGUGGAACCAUCUAUGUGUAGAAAAAAAAGGAUGAAAAAGCUAUAGUGGACAGUAAUUGUAUAUAACCAUACCUGGCAUUUGCAGGUUAAGCAAGUAGGAUACUUGCAGUGAACAUUGUUUCAGUAAAGUAUUAUGUUACAGAAAAAAUACUCAAUUAAGUUCCUUUAUACAUUCUUUAGUUCAGUUUAUUUGAUUAAUUAGCUGUAACAUCAUAUUACUUCUAUGAAACUAAACUUGUAAUAUCUCCAGAUUACCAUAUGGAGAUCCAUCCCAGGGCAGCAUAGGAACUAGACCAUCUUUAGGAUGAUGGGUCCCAAAAAUUGAAUUAAUGACUUGCAUGCAAAGCUUUGGAACAUAUAUACUGGGGACUUAGUGUAUCAUCAAUAAAUAUAAUUAAGCAUA